AUGGCACAUACUCCUUCUAUCCAACUCCCCGUCGAGACUCUUUCACAAAUAUUUUCCUAUCUUAGUUUUGCCGACCAAUUGAUAGCGAGCUUGACUUGCCACCUCUGGCAGGAUAUCAUCUUCAAUAGCAAACUCCUCCGCAGACGACGUUACCACCCAGAAGGUCAAAAAGAUGGUUACAAGCUGUAUGUUCAACCCGAGCAAGUUGAAUACCACCAUCGCAUACACAUGCUCUUCGACAGAGAGUCCUCAUUGUUACUUACAAUCCAUCAAGGCAAAUUGGAGCAUAUCAUCGCGUCAUGUAACUAUCAAUCCAUAGAUAUUAUUAGCUCUCCGGUUUUGGACGAGCCGAUGAUGGUGCCUCUAGAUAUUGAUGAGAGUCUACCCCCGGAUGAGGAUGACAAUAGUGAUAAUGAGUUACAUAAGAAGGAGCACUGUUAUUGCGACCCCUGUAUGGAAUUAACAGGCAAGGAUGGUCGGAUGACAUUUGAGAUUUACUACAUCACGUUCCCAGAUAAAGAUACGUCUUCAUCGAAACAUGAUUCCUACGGCUCGAAGGACAAGAAAAUAACGCCACAUGAAACUAUCAGGGAUGUGGUUAAUUUGAUCGCUCAGGAAGGAAUUUUCGUGUUUAAGAGGCAUCAGGAAAAUAACUGCAAUGGAGAAGUUGAUGGGCCUUUCUAUAUGAAGAUGAGGCUUAGUAAGGAUAAAGAUAAUGAUAAGGACGAGGAUAAGGAUAAGGAUAAGGAUAAGGAUAAGGGUAAGAAUAGAGAUAGCCAGUUUGAUCAUGCAAUUGAGGGUAGGAAUAAAGGUAGCUGGUUUGAGGAUGAGAUUGAUGAUGAGGACAAUCGACGCAACCACGAUGAUGAAGAAGAAGAUGAUGAUGACGAUGAUGAUGAGAAGGAUGAGAAUGAAGGUGAGAGACCGAGAUGGAAGGCUCUCUCUAUCUUGGGUUUUCGGUCCUAG